AGAGCGGAGGCGGGCGGCGGGAGGAGGAGUUUCUGGGCGGCCGGGAGUGCGGUGGGGACCGCGGAGGAGGAGCGCCCUUCCCCCCGCGCGCUGAUUGCUGUGGCCUCCUGCCCGUCCCCGCCCGCGAGUGUGGGGGGAGCGGGGGCGCGGGGUCGGCCCGAUGGGGGUAAUCGAGGGUUUCGGGGACGCCGAGUGGCGCUUUCCUCUUCCCAGCGAGUGACGGAGGGAAGUCGGCGGCUCGGGUGCGCGGCCACUUUCCCUGCGCGAUUCCCCGAGCUCCCUGCAGGAGGAGAAAGUCCCCGGCGGGUCCGGAUGGCGUAGUUGCGCUGCGGCGCAGCAGCUGCCGGAGCUUCGCGGCCGCCGGGCGCUGGGCGGGGAAACUUCGCUCUGCUUUUUCCUCCAACUUGUGGCGGGUGGAUCUCCGCUGGACACGCCGCCUCCGAGGCAACUUGAAAAUUGGAAAGAAGGACUUAAAGGCCAUUUCUGAUUUGCAAAGAUUGUCUACGAUCUGAAGAACUACAGGCUGAGGUGGCUGAAUGGGACACCCUUUUGGAGAAAUAAAAAUGACUCUUCAUUGUGUGGUUGCCCUGUUUGCCCUGAUAAGUUCCUGUUUAGCAACAGCAGGUCCAGAGCCUGGCGUCCAGUGUGCGCUGUCGCCUGUCAAUGCCUCCCACCCGGUCCAGGCCUUGAUGGAGAGCUUCACCGUCCUGUCGGGGUGUGCCAGCCGGGGCACCAUGGGGCGGCCACAGGAGGUGCACGUCCUGAACCUCCGCGCCGCCGACCAGGGGCCCGGGCAGCCGCAGAGCGAGGUCACUCUGCACCUGAAUCCCAUCUCCUCAGUCCAUAUUCACCACAAGCCUGUCGUGUUCCUGCUCAACUCCCCGCAGCCCCUGGUCUGGCAUCUGAAGACAGAGAGACUUGCAGUUGGGGUCUCCAGACUUUUCUUGGUAUCCGAGGGCUCUGUGGUCCAUUUCUCAUCGGGAAACUUCUCCUUGUCAGCAGAAACAGAGGAAAGGAACUUCCCCCAUGGAAACGAACACCUGUUAAAUUGGGCCCGAAAGGAGUAUGGGGCCGUCACGUCAUUCACCGAACUCAAGAUAGCAAGAAACAUUUACAUUAAAGUGGGGGAAGAUCAAGUGUUUCCUCCCACGUGCAGCAUAGGGAAGAAUUUUCUCUCCCUCAAUUACCUCGCCGAGUACCUCCAGCCCAAACCGGCAGAGGGCUGCGUGGUGUCCGGCCGGCCCCAGGAGAAGGAGGUACACAUCAUUGAGCUGAUCGCCCCCAACUCGAACCCCUACAGUGCUUUCCAGGUGGAUAUAAUAAUUGACAUAAGACCUUCUCGAAAGGAUCCUGAACUGGUCAAAAAUCUCAUCCUGAUCUUGAAGUGCAAAAAAUCCGUCAACUGGGUGAUCAAAUCUUUCGAUGUUAAGGGAAAUCUGAAAGUUCUCGCUCCCAACAGUAUUGGCUUUGGGAGAGAAAGUGAAAGAUCCAUGAUAAUGACCAAAUCAGUAAGAGAUGACAUUCCUUCAACCCAAGAGAAGCUGCUCAGGUGGGCUUUGGACAAUGGCUACAGUCCAGUAACAUCGUACACGGUGGCUCCUGUGGCCAACAGGUUUCAUCUUCGGCUUGAAAACAAUGAGGAGAUGAGAGAUGAGGAAGUCCACACCAUCCCUCCUGAGCUCCAGAUCCUGCUGGACCCUGGCGCCCUGCCUGUCCUGGACCACCCACCCAUCCGGGGAGGGGGCGGCCGGCAUGGAGGCCUUCCCUUCCCUUUCCCUGAUAUCCCCAGGAGGGGCCGGCAGGACGGAGGAAAAGACAGGCUCCCUCGGCCAAAGGACCCUGUUGUCCCCAGCAUCCAGCUGCUUCCUGGUCCCAGAGAGCCCCAGGAGGCGCAGGGGAGCAGGGAUGUCGCCCUGUCAGUCAGAUGCGACAGUGAAAAGAUGCUCGUAGCUGUAGAGAAAGAUUCUUUUCAGGCCAGCGGCUACCCCGGGCUGGAGCUGACCCUGUUGGAUCCCACGUGCAAGGCCAAGACGAAUGGCACGCACUUCAUUUUGGAGUCUCCCCUGGACGGCUGCGGCACUCGGCACCGGCGGUCGGCCCCCGACGGAGUGGUGUACUAUAACUCUAUCGUCAUCCAGGCGCCGCCCUCGGGGGACAGUAGCGGCUGGCCAGAGGCUUAUGAGGACUUGGAGUCCGGUGAUAACGGAUUUCCAGGGGACGUGGACGAAGGCGACGUGGCCCUCUCCAGCCGGCCGGAGCUCGUCGUGUUUAACUGCAGCCUGCGGCCCGCCAGGCAUCCCAGCAGAGCCCAGGACCCACCCACCAGAAACGUCACUUUCAGCAUGGACCUCUACACCACGGACCUCUUUCUAGCGCCCGCCCAGGGCGUCUUCUCUGUGGCCGAGAACGGACACGUGUAUGUGGAGGUGUCUGUUACCAAGGCCGACCAAGAACUGGGAUUUGCCAUCCAAACGUGCUUCAUCUCCCCGUACUCGAACCCGGACAGGAUGUCUGACUACACCAUCAUCGAGAACAUUUGCCCGAAGGAUGAAUCCGUGAAAUUCUACGAUCCCAAGAGAGUCCACUUCCCCAUCCCACAGGCCGAGACAGAUAAGAAACGAUUCAGCUUUGUUUUUAAGCCCGUCUUCAACACGUCCCUGCUCUUUCUGCAGUGCGAGCUCACGCUGUGUACCAAGAGGGAAAAGGAGCCCCAGAAGCUGCCUAAGUGCGUGCUGCCCGAUGAAGCCUGCACCUCGCUGGACGCCUCCAUGAUCUGGGCCAUGAUGCAGAAUAAGAAGACCUUCACCAAGCCCCUGGCCGUGAUCCACCACGAAGUGCAGUUCAAAGAAACAGGUCCAAGCACGAAGGAAUCGAAUCCAAUUUCUCCACCGAUUUUUCAUGGUCUGGACACACUCACCGUGAUGGGCAUCGCGUUCGCAGCGUUUGUGAUCGGAGCUCUGCUGACGGGGGCCUUGUGGUACAUCUACUCUCACACAGGAGACAGCGCAGGAAGGCAGCCCGUGCCCACCUCGCCGCCAGCCUCGGAGAACAGCAGCGCGGCGCACAGCCUGGGCAGCACGCAGAGCACCCCCUGCUCCAGCAGCAGCGCCGCCUAGCCCGCCGCCCGGAUGCCCGCGCGUCCCCGUCGAGAGCCAACGGCAGUGGAACGGGCACCUGCUGUGCUCACCCCCCUCCCAGGGCGAGGCUAACUACGACCCCGGGCUUCUGUAACACCCUAGAUCCAUAUGAGAAAGCUAAGGUGGUGGGUUUCUCCACCAGCCCCUCACAGGCCUGGGGCUUUCAAUGUGAAACGCAUGCCAGUUCUUAAAAUGCUGCUUUGUCCAGGUAAGAACAUCCAUAAGCUGGGGCCCUGCGUUUGACUCGGACGCAAGGAGCUGGUAAAAGUGUAACAGCCAGGUCGUAGAACCAGGGAGGGGAAGUGGCCCAACACUCUCUUAUAACCAACGGAACCAAGGCGUAAAACGAAAGAAGCGUGGCAAGACUUUCCGCGUGUGUCCCUCCCCGGCUCCUUUGCACCUUCUGGAUGCACACAUCCCACCUUGCUGGCACACGGGUGGGGACCCGUGUGUCGGCUCGAUGGCUGCAGCCCUGGCGGGCUGCAUCCUGACACACAGCCAGGUGACAUUCCUUUCGUGCGCCCUGGGCCAAAACCAGCGCCCGGCGCCAUGUCCGUUUCCUCCUCCCCGCCCUCCUGUACCCACUGCAGACACGUCUGAAUGCAAAUUUUGUAUUUCUUUAUAGGCUUUGGGAAAGCGAAAGUGGCCCACAUCGGGGACUGCAGAUUCAUGCCCAUUUAUGACAUUGUGUUCUAAUAAAUGAAUGUAUCCAUGGGGGCACCAUUCAGCUGUAAAGUCAAGGAGGAAUUUGCACAGUGAUGGACGUGCCAGUCCAAGUAGGUAAUUUGUCAUCUGGCACAUUUGUUUUCUCAGUUGAAGAGAAAAUUCCUUCCCGUUUUAAAUAUCCUACCCUUUCAGAGUUGGAAUUUAUUCUUAAAUAUUUUUGGGAGAAUUAGUGUUUCCCCGCACAACGCGUCAAGCGUUUGAAUAGACUCUUUUGUAGAAACCAAGCUCUUGUAAGAUGCCAACGCAUGGCAGAUCCUUUGGGAUUCCAGUUGGUUAUCUGAACAGUGUCACCAGCUCUGCCAAGAAAGCCGUGAGGUAUGGCAGAGGGCCCUCUUUGGGAUUACUUUCCUUCUUUGCUUAAACGUAUUCCCCAAACUCAAAAAGGAUUUGAGGUGAAUUUUAAUUAAAAUGGAAUAAUACGAUGCCACUUUGCAGCUAAAAUAAGCUCAACUGGUACCUCUCUGUUAAAAAAAAAAAAAAAAAAAGAAUGUCCAUCCCGUAUCAUUUGCUACCGAAGGUGGCUUCAUUGCAAGCAAACGUUAUUCUUUUCCCAAAAUUUCCCCAAACAAGAAUUCUACAAAUAGAAUUCUACCCUCAAAUAUUCACAAGCAAAGCCAACUGCUCUUAACACAGGACGAUGUGCCUGUCCUGCGAAUGGAUGCUUAAGUAGGCCAUGCUGAUGCCACCCAAGACCCGAGGGCAGUGUCUCCAGGGCACAUCAGCAGGUGGAGAUGGACAACCACUGUUAGCGCAUCCUAGGGUAACACUCUGAGCGACUGACCUACAGACAUUCAGCCCUACAAUUUUCACCAAAACGAUGGAAGGCCACCAUUUCCAGGCUAUCGGCAUUGGUCGUUUUGCAGAUUUCCACAGACAGAUGAAGAUGUGCCAUUAGAAAAAACUUUCCCUUCAGUUAGUAUUUUUUUUAACAUAAAGGUAUGGGGUGGGGGACUAGAUUACGCUACCUGUGUUUGAAAAUAAUGCGCUUUGCCUAACCUUCAGCAGAAUGUAUUGUGUUAGCAUAGUCUAUGUAUAAAAAAGUUUAAAGAUGUCUUCAAAGAAGACUAGAGUCUUUAAGUCACGUAUAGCUAUAUUUUACUACAAAAAUCUGUGUAUAAAGAUAUAUUUAAGUGUUUUAGAUAAAUUUAAGUUACUCCAUAUGAAAUGUUUAAUUUCAGUUACUGUGAAUUAUUUUGAACAGUUCUUUGCUUUAAAAACAAACAAACAAAAAAAAAACCCUUUCCAUCCUUAAAAUGAAAAUUAGCUCUUCAGAGGUAUUAAAAGAUUCAGUUCUGAGAUGGACAGGGUUAAAACCUUUUGUAAUAUAUUUAAAUGUAUAUUUUUGAGAGAGAUGCUACCUUGCCAAUGAUUUAAUAAAUAAUUUUAAAUUAACUUACAAAUUUAUGGAUACAUACCAAAAGAUUUUAAAAGAAAGAGAGAGAAGCAAUCAUCCUUUAUUUGUUCAGGUCUUAACUCUCCAGAAUAUUCUUCAGAUCAAGAAAUCUGUGUCCGUGAAAGCUGAUCCCGUGUUAAUUGGAGAGUAAAUGUUAUUCAGUACUUCUGAAAUCAUUUCUAAAAAGUUAACAUUAAAAAAAAAAAAGGGUUUUCUCCAUAGCUUCUGAGGAUAGCUUCAUACAUCACAGUUUUAAUACAAAGUAUAAGCUCUACUUUAUAACACGUCUGCAAGUUUCUUUAAAACUGUUAUAUUCCAGUUAAACUUCUCUGUCUGCAGUCUUUCGUUACCUCUGCAGGCUACCCCCCUUCAUGUGCAGAGGCCACUUUGUUUGGUUUGUUUGAUGCUAAAGCUAUUGUCGUGAUGCUGUAACCCCAAAGGCAGAUUAUCUGUGUCAUAUCCUAUGGCUCCUCACCGCGUGUUUACCAGCUGUUUCUCUGUAUUUGAAAAGUCAGAUUCCUUCUGUUGAAGCUGUCUCUAUAGCAUUUUCUAAACAAAACAACAACAAAAAAGGUCUUUUCCUUGUCUGUAAUGAGCUUGUAAACCCAUUUUCCGUGUGUGUUCUGGGGUGGGCAUGGUUGAGUGUGUGUGGGGGCACUGGUGUGCCAGUCUUUUUGUACCGUAACUACCUCAUGGGUUGAGUGAUGGUUGCACUGCUGGUUGUGAUAACAGAGCACAUUUUGUUGGGUGACUGGUGUGUGUGAUUUUUUUUUUUUCCUGUUUGUUUUAGCUGGGGGUUGUUCAUGAAACUGACAGAUGUUUUUCUAAAAAGGACUAUUAUCAGUUUCCAAAUACAAUACUUCUCUCUUCUGGUUUUUCCUGAAUGAGCCUGAUUUUGUUGCUGUUUUUCAUCGCCGAUGAGGGUAAAAAGAGUACCCUUAAAAAUCCCUGUGGCCAGUUUGAACUCCCCUCUCGUACGCUUUUCGCUGUUCAGUGUGUCGGCAAUUUUGUGGCCAUGCUUAGAUGUAUAGUUUUGAUAACCACAGUUUUAAGUCCUUUAUCAAAUGUGCAUAAUAAAAAGAUAUAUAUCAAUUAUUAA